AUGUGGCGGCGCACAUAUCUUACUCUCGUCCUUAUCAGGCUGUGGUUUGCGCUUUCACCCAGCUAUCUACACCCGGACGAGAACUUCCAAGGUCCUGAGGUCAUCGCUGGACAAAUCUUUAGCUAUCCCGUUCGUCACACAUGGGAAUUCACGAGCGAAAACCCUAUCCGAAGCGUCUUUCCGUUAUGGCCUGUCUACGGUCUUCCUAUGCUUCUUCUCCGAUGGCUAUGGAUCGGCAAUGGACAAGAUGGCGAGAUUCCACCUAUUGCGGUUUUCUGGACGUUGCGCGUUCUCAUGUUUGCCAUCAGCUUCGUUCUUGAAGACUGGGCGUUGCACGAGUUGAUCCCCUCGCCGAAGCACCGCCGUGUUGCCGUUCUCCUAGUCGCAUCGUCCUACGUGACUUGGACCUACCAGACACACACGUUCUCAAAUUCAGUAGAAACACUUGUUGUUGCGUGGAGUCUUGUUCUGAUCCAGCGAGUUGCUGACCCACGGCAACGGUCAUGUGUUUUAUCUGCCACAGUACUUGGAAUAGUUGCAGUGUUUGGUGUAUUCAACCGAAUCACAUUCCCAGCGUUUCUUGUCGUCCCAGGCCUUCGAUUGCUUCCAGUAUUCUGGAAAAGGCCUACUUCUCUCGUAUGUUUGACCCUAGCUGCAGCAGUGACAACUGUCAUCGCAAUCGGUCUAGACACCGCAUUUUACCUGCCAGAUUCUGUCACAUGGACCGACUUGAUCCAUAGGCCAGUGAUCACCCCUCUUAACAACUUCAAGUACAACUCAGCAACCGAGAAUCUGGCCCAGCAUGGCCUUCAUCCUUGGUACCAGCACUUGGUGGGGAAUUUACCAUUGCUGCUGGGACCAGCUGCCGCAUUAUUGGUAAUUAGGCCCAAGCCCUCCAUCCGACUCUGGUCUGCAAUGUCUGGAUUAGUUGUUUUAUCGGCGUUCCAGCAUCAAGAAGCGAGGUUUCUACUGCCGACAGUACCGCUAUUUCUGUCGUCGAUCCGAAUGCCUCGAAACCAAACAGUUUUUUACAUCUUUACAGCAGUUUGGAUCGGCUUUAACCUUGUUCUUGGCUCAUUGAUGGGUAUCUACCACCAGGGAGGAGUGGUGCCGGGGCAGGUCUUCCUGAGUCAGCAACCAGAUGCGACUCAGGCGAUCUGGUGGAAGACUUAUACACCGCCUAUCUGGCUUUUGAAUGGCAAGAAUGAAUUCUUGACGACUCGAGACGUUAUGGGUCUCAAGGGUGAGUUACUCCUGGAGCAACUCAGUCAACUCGCUACAUGCGACACUCCCGCCGACAGACGAAACCAGGAGUAUCUGAAGGAGAAGAACGGCACAUAUCUCAUCGCCCCAGCAUCAGCGACGUGGCUGGAUCCCUACCUAUCUAACAAGGGCUUGGAGGGGCUACGAUUUAGAGAGGUUUGGCGUUACAGGAAACAUUUGAACCUGGACGAUUUGGACUUCGGGGACGAUGGCGUUUGGGACACCCUGGCCAGGGUUAUUGGGCGACGGGGGCUCGUCGCUUGGAGGGUAACAAAAAGUUGUCCAAAGUGA